CAGACUGAGACGGAGCUGGCAACGAGCGGAGAAACGGGGGGAGCUGUGACACCACGGAGAAAAAACGCGAUUACACCCCAAAUACCAGCGGGUAUUUCGUCGCAAUUGUUCGGGUGUAUCUGGGAAAAAGGCUGUCCGGGUGGCAGUUCGGGCUGAGGGCUAAAUUUAGCAGCGGGCGGUCGAGGAUAGCAGUCUAUUUUUCAACAACCAACUCCCCAGAUGAACUCCGUCAGAGCCACCAACAGGAGACCCAGGCGAGUGUCGAGGCCGCGCCCGGUGCAGCCCGAACGGAACAACGGGGACAGAGAUGAGGAGGCUCCUGCAGCAGCCGCAGCAGAAAUGGCUAUUGAGGAGUCCGGUCCAGGUGCUCAGAACAGUCCCUACCAGCUUCGACGCAAGACCCUGCUUCCCAAGAGAACCGCCGCUGCCUCUGCCACCGCCUCUGCCUGCCCCAGCAAGGGCCCAAUGGAGGGAGCUUCCACUUCAUCAACAGAGGCCUUUGGCCAUCGAGCCAAGCGGGCACGAGUGUCCGGUAAGAGCCACGACCUGCCAGCAGCCCCAGCAGAGCAAUAUCUGCAGCAGAAGCUUCCAGAUGAGGUUGUUUUGAAGAUUUUCUCGUACUUACUGGAACAAGACCUUUGUCAAGCAGCUUGUGUUUGCAAAAGAUUCAGCCAGCUAGCGAAUGAUCCCAUUCUAUGGAAGCGCUUAUACAUGGAGGUGUUUGAGUACACACGUCCCAUGAUGCAUCCAGAGCCAGGAAGGUUCUACCAAGUCAGUCCUGAGGAGCAUGAACACCCAAACCCCUGGAAGGAGAGCUUCCAGCAGCUGUACAAAGGUGCGCAUGUAAAACCGGGCUUUGCUGAGCAUUUCUACAGUAACCCUGGGAGAUACAAAGGCAGAGAGAAUAUGCUGUAUUAUGACACCAUUGAGGAUGCGCUAGGCGGAGUACAAGAGGCCCACUUUGAUGGCCUCAUCUUCGUUCACUCUGGCAUCUAUACAGAUGAGUGGAUUUAUAUAGAGUCCCCCAUCACCAUGAUUGGUGCAGCCCCUGGUAAAGUAGCAGACAAGGUGGUGAUAGAGAAUACUAGAGACUCAACGUUUGUCUUCAUGGAGGGCUCAGAGGAUGCGUAUGUGGGGUACAUGACCAUCAAGUUUAAUCCUGAUGAUAAGUCAGCACAGCACCAUAACGCCCACCACUGUCUGGAGAUCACAGUCAACUGCAGCCCUAACAUCGACCACUGCAUCAUCCGGUCCACGUGCACAGUUGGUUCAGCUGUGUGCGUGAGUGGACAGGGAGCCUGUCCAACCAUCAAGCACUGCAACAUCAGCGACUGUGAGAACGUAGGACUGUACAUUACAGACCACGCGCAGGGCAUUUACGAAGACAACGAAAUCAGCAACAAUGCGCUAGCGGGAAUUUGGGUGAAAAACCACGGCAACCCCAUCAUCAGACGCAACCACAUCCACCACGGACGGGACGUCGGAGUGUUCACUUUCGAUCACGGCAUGGGUUACUUCGAAAACUGUAAUAUCCAUAGAAAUCGCAUAGCGGGCUUUGAGGUGAAGGCGUACGCCAACCCCACUGUGGUGCGCUGUGAGAUCCACCACGGCCAGACGGGAGGCAUCUACGUCCACGAGAAGGGGCGGGGCCAGUUUAUAGAGAACAAAAUCUAUGCCAAUAACUUUGCUGGUGUGUGGAUCACGUCCAACAGCGACCCGACGAUACGGGGAAACGCUAUAUUCAACGGUAACCAAGGAGGGGUGUACAUAUUUGGAGACGGUCGGGGUUUGAUAGAGAGUAACGACAUCUAUGGUAACGCUUUGGCGGGAAUCCAGAUCCGAACCAACAGCUGCCCCAUUGUACGGCACAACAAGAUCCACGAUGGCCAGCAUGGGGGCAUCUACGUGCAUGAGAAAGGUCAGGGAGUGAUUGAGGAGAACGAGGUUUACAGCAACACACUGGCUGGAGUCUGGGUGACCACAGGCAGCACUCCCGUCCUCCGCAAGAACCGCAUCCACAGUGGCAAACAGGUUGGCGUUUAUUUCUAUGACAACGGGCACGGUGUGUUGGAAGACAAUGACAUCUACAAUCACAUGUACUCUGGCGUACAAAUAAGGACGGGAAGCAACCCAAAAAUCCGGCGCAACAAGAUAUGGGGAGGCCAAAACGGAGGGAUUCUAGUGUACAACUCAGGUCUGGGCUUCAUCGAGGACAAUGAGAUCUUUGACAACGCCAUGGCCGGGGUGUGGAUCAAGACAGAUAGCAACCCCACACUGAGAAGAAACAAGAUCGCCGGCGUGCUGAUCAGCACCAACAGUCAUCCAAUACUCCGCAAGAACCGCAUCUUUGACGGCUUCGCAGCAGGUAUUGAAAUCACCAACCACGCCACUGCAACGCUGGAGGGCAACCAGAUCUUCAACAACCGCUUUGGAGGCCUGUUUCUGGCUUCGGGCGUGAAUGUCACCAUGAAAGAUAAUAAGAUUCUGAAUAAUCAGGAUGCCAUUGAGAAGGCAGUGAGCAGAGGACAGUGUCUCUACAAGAUCUCCAGUUACACCAGUUACCCCAUGCACGACUUCUACAGAUGUCACACCUGUAACACGACAGAUAGGAACGCCAUCUGUGUUAACUGCAUCAAAAAAUGCCACCAAGGACAUGAUGUAGAGUUUAUACGGCACGAUCGGUUUUUCUGUGACUGCGGAGCAGGAACGUUGUCGAACCCGUGCACGCUGGCCGGAGAGCCCACACACGACACGGACACUCUGUAUGACUCGGCGCCGCCCAUCGAGUCCAACACGCUGCAACAUAACUGAAGGCGUUAACACUCUCACAUAAGCAUACAAACACGUUACAUUGCACACAGUCAUACACACAUAUAAACACACACACAGUUACAUACACACAUCCACUCGCAGCCAUAAGGACCCAGAGAGACUCUGUGAUUGCGGCGCUCUCGGACGGGCUCGAGGUGAAAAAGGCUGCAGAGGAAGCAGCUCCGCGCCGGCCUGCAGUCAGACGCGCUGCAGCGGAGGCAGACUUCACUAGAGGGAGCAGUGGAGCUGAGGAUGGACUGACAGAACGGCCACAAGAGAUUCCUCACUGGAGUUGUUUCUCAUUGCAGUCUGUAUACAAAGAAGACGGGAAGAGAGAAAGUUAUUCGGAGAGGGCCUUGGCAGAGUGUGAAGAUCUCUCCGGUGUUAAUCCUCAGCUCCUGGCCCUCCUCUCCUUCUCAAGAACUGCUGUUAAAAGAGACUUCCUGCUUCCUCGCAGCUGCCAUCCCCAUUGGCUGCCCAGGCAGUUGUAACUAGGCAACGGAUGCGCGGAUGUUGCUCUGUUGUGUGUGUGUGGAUGUGUGCGUGUGUGUGUGUGGAUAAAAAAAAAGUAAGAUUGUGUGUGUGAUGGAGCACUUGGGCUUUUUUAAAAAAAAAAAAUAUGUUCUGAUCAAUGGAUUUUAUUUCAAUGCUUUCUCAUGUAGUUUUGUAUUUUCAAGCAAAAAGCUGACUGUAUUUGAAUGUCUUUUAUUUUAUUAUAUAUUAUUAUAAUUAUUA